UGGCAGCCAAUUCAAAGGCGGAUGGAUGGUUCAAUUAACUUCUACCGAAACUGGACGGAGUACCGAGAAGGCUUUGGAUACAAAGGAGGAGAAUUCUGGAUUGGGAACGAUAGGCUUUACGAAUUAACGUCCAAAAACAAGUACAAAUUACUCGUGGUUCUGGAAGAUUUUGAAAGUGUUGUACGCUGUGCGUUGUACAGCACUUUCAGCGUUGGUCCCCCGGAGUCCAAUUACAAACUGACUGUUGGAGGCUACUCAGGAGAUGCAGGCGAUUCUUUAGGCUCUCACAUUGACAAGCAGUUCAGUACACAUGAUGCAGAUCACACUGGCCCUAACAAGUGUACAGCACGUUUUAAAGGAGCCUGGUGGUACGGCAAGUGCCAUCAUUCCAACCUCAAUGGCUUGUAUUUAAGAGGUGCCCACGACACGUACGCUGACGGAGUCAACUGGUUCGCCUUCAGGGGUUAUCAUCAUUCUCUCAAAUUUACUGAAAUGAAAAUAGCUGCGGUUUGA